UAGGAAGUCGUCUGAACAAAGACCUGAGACAUUAUCUCAACCAAAGGUUUCAGAAAGGAUCUCCAGAUCAUGAGCUGCAACAGACUAUUAGAGAUAACCUUUAUCGCCAUGCUGUGCCUUGCACAACACGUCCUCCAAGAGAAGGAGAAGUGCCUGGUGUGGACUAUAACUUUCUGAGCGUGCAAGAGUUUCUGGAACUUGAAAAAAGCGGAACUCUUCUUGAAGUAGGAACCUAUGAAGGUAACUAUUAUGGAACACCCAAACCUCCCAGCCAACCCCUCAGUGGGAAAGUGAAUAACGCUGAUGCUUUGCAAAACCUCCCGUCAAGUUCCAAGCAGACAACUCCCAAACGAACCAAGUCCUACAAUGAUAUGCAAAAUGCUGGUUUAGUACAUGCAGAGAAUGAAGAGGAUGACACCCCUGAAAUGAGCAGUAGCUUUACAGCAGACUCUGGUGAACAAGACGAGCACAAUAUACACAGUAUAAGAGAUGCAGCUCUCCCAUCUCUGAAUAGUAGCAUCACCAUCGUUCCCACCACGGAACCUUCUGAGAAGCUCCCUCAAUACCUACCUCCUUGUGCAGAGGAAAACUUGGGUCCUCUGCCUGAAAACUGGGAGAUGGCUUAUACAGAGAAUGGAGAAGUCUACUUUAUAGAUCAUAAUACUAAAACAACGUCUUGGCUAGACCCAAGGUGCCUGAACAAACAACAAAAGCCUCUAGAAGAAUGUGAAGAUGAUGAAGAAGGGGUACACACGGAGGAACUGGACAGUGAACUAGAACUACCUGCUGGUUGGGAAAAGAUUGAAGAUCCUGUAUAUGGUGUCUACUAUGUAGAGUAAGUCCAUUGUAUGG